AUGGCGGACUUUGAUCAGCUCGAAAUUCGCCGAUUAGAAUUGGAAGCGAACGUGGCAAAGCUACGCAAAUCUUUGCAGCACUGGCGAACAUGGGACGCAGAAUAUGAAGGCCUGAAAGAGGAACUUUCAUCAGGCGUGAACGUUCAAACUGAAAAGGAUUGCACACGUAUUAGUGACAAAUUUGGUGGAGAGCUUGUGAACGAAAAAGAAAUAUUUGAACUAUUUGGAGUUGGCAAAGGACCAAUUCGCCAUCCUAUAGAGGUCAGCCGACUUGUUGACAGGCGGCUUGAUUAUGUACAGCAAAACGUGACGACAAUUUCCAACCAGGUGGAGAAGCUCGAUGGUCAAUUGUCUGAACUGCUAGAAGAAAUGGACAAAGAAGAUGGCGACUCCCAAGAACCCGGACUACCCAUGACUGAGAUCAUCGAAGAACUGGAUGAGGAUGGAAACGUUAUAUCGAGCAAAGUCACCCAGCCAGAACAACAAACUGCACAAAUAAUCGAAACGCUUCGAAAGGCUGGAUUGAAAGACAUGGAUUCCAAGUCGAAACAGGGAGACGCGGCCAAAAACUCGCUACCUGCAAGCGACGAAAAGUCCGAUAUCAGUCCUGCGAACAAGGUCCCGGAUGCGUCAACAGUGACAGCUGGUGCUCCAAAGACUAGUAAGAAGGGAGUCAGUUUCGCAGAAGAGGUCCAGGAAAGAGAGAUCCCGUCUCGUGCCGACAAUGCCAAUGCCAGCAAAUCAUCCAGAGUCAAUCCUGCCUUGUUCAAUGGCACAUUUGCAAACGGCGACCGUGUCAUUGAAUUGGACGACGACGACGAUAUCAUUGCGACUCAGGCAGUGAUUCCCGAAGACGAGUCACCCGAAGACGCACAACUACGAAGGGAAAUGCUACAGUACAAUCUGAACGAAGUCGGUCAGGUCGUGGCCGAGUUGGACCUGGACGAAAAUCUAUCAGAGUUUGAGGACGAUGAAGACUACUUCGAUGAUGAUUACGAUAGCGAGAUGUCAGAGGAAGAAGAUGAGCAUGGGAGAUCACUUCGCCCUGGAGUCAGCAAAAACUACAGAGAUCAGAUGCAGGAGUUGGAAGAACAGCUUCGCUCGAGAGUAAUUGGUAAUCUCGGACCCAAUCUCGAAGAAGUCGAUCCUGUAUACGAUCCCGAAGGGCUUCGCCGACUUGUGGUUCGUGGCGAGCAAGGGGCUCCGGAGGAGACUACCAAAUCAGCAGUGUCUAAAGGCAAAGAGGCAGCUAAGCCGGACGCACCCGCGAGAAAAGGAGUCAGAUUCUCAGAGCAACUGGAUGUACAGGAAGCACCCAAGGCAACAGACACUCCUGCCAUCUCCAAGCCACGCUUUGCGCCGAUUGCGGACAUCGUCGAGCGUGCAGCUUCAAAGGUCGAAGCUCCUUCACAACCAAUCAAACCAGCCAAAGUAUCCCGCUUCAAGCAAAAUAGAGCCGCCGCUCCCGAGGCCGACGAGCAAGAACGUGAGCAGAAGCCAGCCGCCGGCUCUGUCAUGUCGGAUACCAUUAUGGAGAAACCGUUGGCAUCUUCCGGCAAUGCACGGGCUCCAGAGGAGGCAGACGAGCUUGAUCCGGACUUACAACAGCGUCAAUUGGCUUCAGAGUACUAUCGUCUGCGCAAUAACGUGAUCCGCCAACAAGGUGGUUUCAAGGAAACGGAAGAGGAGAAGGACGAUCCUUUGAUGGAGCAGUUCCCCGAUGGCAAGCUGAAGAAGGUGAGCAGGUUCAAGGCUGCGAGGAUGAAGUUUUAG